AUGGACCUCGAAGACCUUGAAUCUCCUACCAGCACUUCAAGCUGUUGCGCAAGGGCGCUUUCUGACUCGGGCACAGAAGCCGACGGCCCAAAGCUUGUGCAGUCACGGUUGCAAAUCAACGAAGCCAUUUGUGCCGGCAGCGCGUUAUCUCCAGGAAGCUCUUUCAGCGAAGCGUUCGAAGGCUUCUCACUAUUACCGUCCCGCUUGAAUUCCCUGGGCGACGAAGCACUCUCGGCCCUUCUCGAAGACGAAGAUGUGCCAGAGCUAACAGUUGAUAGCAUUCACAAGUUUAUUGGCAGUUCGAGAUAUCACACGGCGGGUGGCGUGCCGAGGCCGAAGAUACUUGCGCAAGUUUCAGGCACUGGACUGGCGCCCUGGGAAAUCCACAGGCCCCAGAAGUUCGUUCGCGACUUGGUUCUCCGGCGCUGCUUCUCGGGCCGGGUCCUGGAUGCGGGGUGCGGCAUCGGGGACAACGCGCUGUACGUGGCCAAGGCGUGUCCGGGGGCGAAGGUCACGGCAGUGGAUGUGGUGCCGAGGUGUCUGGAGUUCGCGGCAGCCAAGGCCAACCUACGAAACAUGCGCAAUCAGCUGGAUCUCGUGGUAGCGGACCUUUUGGAAAACGACUCUGGCUGUUUGCCACCAGCGCUAGGUCCGAAUAGUACCGGCUCCUUCGAUGUCGUGCUCGACUCGUCCACCUUCCACUGCUUUUCCGACGCGCAUCGUGAUCGUUACGUCUCGACGCUUCGACGGCUUCUUCGCCCCGGGGGCCUUAUCUACAUGAACUGCAUGUCGGAGGAGGAAACAAGACCGGGCGGUCCUAGGCGUAUCACAAUCGCAGAUCUGCGUUCCGUAUUCUGUACUGCAAACGGUUGGGAAGUUGAUGGGGUCGAGGACUCGGUCGUCGAGUCACAUCCGACUUUCUGGGCCGGCAAAGCCAAGGCACGGCUCUUUACCAUCCGCAAAAUCUAG